UCAGGGCCACGCCGCGGCACGAUCCUGUGAUGGCUGUGUCCCUUGGCCACAACACAUCACAGAACGGGGCAUGGUCAUGUCAACAUCUGUCACGGUACCAGUGUAACAUCGACAUCUGGCACGAUAUACUAGUGUCACGUCAACAUCUGUCACAGUGCACCAGUGUCACAUCAACAUCUGUCACAGUGUACCAGUGUCACAUCAACAUCUGUCAGAGUGUACCAGUGUCACAUCAACAUCUGUCAGAGUGUACCAGUGUCACAUCAACAUCUGUCACAGUGUACCAGUGUCACAUCAACAUCUGUCAGAGUGUACCAGUGUCACAUCAACAUCUGUCACAGUGUACCAGUGUCCAAUCAACAUCUGUCAAAGUAUACUAGUGUCACAUCAACAUCUGUCACAGUGUACCAGGGCACAAAACACCUGUCAGAGUGUACCAGUGUCACAUCAACGUCUGUCACGGUGUACCAGUGCACAGAACAUCUGCAAUAGUGUUCCACUGCAACAUCAACAUCUGUCUGUGUCCACCGAUGGGCAAUCAACAUCCAUCACAGUGUACAAGUGCACAAAAACAUCUCUGA